AAUAGUAACAAAGUGUGGGUGUACGUGGACAGUGUAGCGCCAUUAGAAAAGGACAAAGCUUUUUGUUGUGAGUGGAUAAGACAUAUCGACUAGCACUAGAAACCCUCACUUCACCGCCACUGACACCGCCACCGCCGGUUACUCCCCCUGAAGUUUACCUUUUAAGCAGCGCUCCAGUGCCCUUCUUUCUAUUUGCAGUAACAAUUUAAGAAGGCAACUUUUCUGUUCAAUCAUUACGAAAUCAAAGCUGACAUCUGGAUUAUUCUCAGUUAGGGAUAAUGCAAAGGAUAUUCCAAGCAAUCUGCUUACAUGGAAAUGUGCUCAAAUACUCUAUCUUGAAACAUGCACGUGUUAUAGCUCCAGCUGCCCGAACUGUUGUGUUUUCACGUUCUGAGUCAAUUGCUGCGUCAAAACUGGAAGAACAUGGAUUUGAGAGCACAACAAUUGCAGAUGUAUUGAAUGCUAAAGGUAAAGGUGCUGAUGGCUCCUGGCUAUGGUGUUCUACGGAUGAUACUGUAUAUGAUGCUGUGAAAUCUAUGACUCAGCACAAUGUAGGAGCUCUGGUGGUGCUAAAGCCUGGAGCAGAUAAAGCAAUUGCUGGAAUCAUCACAGAAAGAGAUUAUCUUCGAAAAAUCAUCGUUCAAGGAAGAUCAUCGAAGAGCACGAAAGUCGGUGACAUCAUGACUGAAGAGAAUAAGCUGAUCACAGUAAAACCAGACACCAAAGUCUUAAAGGCCAUGCAACUCAUGACAGAUAAUCGAAUCAGGCACAUCCCUGUGAUCGACGACAAGGCAAUGAUUGGCAUGGUUUCCAUUGGCGAUGUUGUUCGAGCUGUCGUUAGUGAGCACCGAGAGGAGCUCAAUCGCUUGAAUGCCUUCAUACAGGGAGGUUACUAGCCUUAACUAGAUUUGGCGUUUGGUAAGAGGUUGGAAUGAUGUUAAUUAGUGAUGAUGGCGAAAAAGAACUAAGCAUCAAUUUGCGUUGUAACAGAAGAGGCUUUAGAAAAGCAGCUUUUGGGACUGCUAAUAAGGUACAUUUCCUGACUGAGAAUAGACUUUGCUUACUGUUUGGCUAAAUUUCUGGCUGUAAUACCUCAAUAAUGAGUUAUUUUAUUAAAAACAAAGUAGAUGGUUCAUUCUGUUACUCUAUUUUUAUGAGAUGCUUUAUUUUACUUGGCUCA